CUUUGUGAAUUCGUAUUGAGGACUUGUGGUUGGGUCCUCUUCCCUUUUGUCCUAUAUCAUCUCUCUCUUCUCUCUGUCCCUGUUCCUUGAUUUCAAGUCUUAAUUAUAGAACUUUUCCCACCUCUGUUCUUCUUUUUCUAAUUAAUUACAAGAUGACUGUUGGGUCAGGAAUCUCUGUUUCUGAUGGGAAAUUAAUGGUGUCUGGAAACUGCAUCCUCUCUGAUGUUCAUCAAGACAUUGUUAUAACUCCAGCAAGAGGCGACGGUUUGAUCAAUGGAGCAUUCAUUGGUGUCUUGUCUGAUCACAAAGGAAGUCAUCUUGUAUUCCCUGUGGGCAAGCUUGAGGGAUUGCGUUUCUUGUCUAUUUUCCGAUUCAAUCUAUGGUGGAUGACACACAGGAUGGGUUCUUCGGGUAAAGAGAUCCCAUAUGAGACACAAUGCUUGAUUGUGGAGGGAAUAGAUGGAACCCAACUUAGUAAUGAACGUGGAGAUGUUUUGGAUGACUCUAUUAUUUAUACUGUUUUCUUACCUAUUCUGGAAGGAGACUUCAGAGCUGCUCUCCAAGGGAAUCCAAAUAACGAGUUGGAGAUCUGCCUUGAAAGCGGAGAUCCUGCCGUGGACUGGUUUGAAGGUACCCAUUUAGUUUUCAUGGUGGCUGGACCCGAUCCAUUUGAUGUCAUCACAGAUGCAGUGAAGGCUGUUGAGAAGCACUUACAGACGUUUUCUCACCGCGAACACAAGAAGGUACCAGACAUGAUAAACUGGUUUGGCUGGUGCACAUGGGAUGCAUUCUACACUGAUGUGACUGCAGAGGGGGUGAAACAGGGAUUAGAAAGUUUAGAGAAAGGUGGAACUCCACCGAAGUUCGUUAUAAUUGAUGAUGGAUGGCAAAGAGUUGACAUGGAUGCCUCUGGGAUUUCAAUGAAUAAAGAAGAUGCAGCCAACUUUGCUAACAGGCUAAUCCAUAUCAAAGAAAACUACAAGUUUCAGAAAAAUAGUAAAGACGGCCACAGAAUAGAGGAUCCUGCAACGGGACUUGCUCAUAUUAUUACUGAGAUCAAAGGAAGCCAUGCUGUGAAGUAUGUUUUCCUUUGGCAUGCAUUAACGGGGUACUGGGCGGAUGUAAGCCCUAGCAUCACUGAAAUGGAACAUUAUGAAUCUAAGGUGAUAUUCCCUGUUUUAUCCCCUGGGCUUCAAUGCAACAAGCCAUGUGAAGUUUUCAACAACAUUGCAGCAAAUGGUGUUGGCCUUGUGAACCCUGAGAAAGCUUCAAUAUUCUAUGAUGAACUCCAUUCAUAUCUUGCAUCAGCUGGUAUUGAUGGGGUCAAAGUUGAUGUUCAGAACUUACUUGAGACACUAGCAGCAGGCCAUGGAGGAAGAGUGAACAUCACUAGGAAGUUUCAUGAGGCAUUAGAUGCUUCAAUUGCAAGAAACUUUCGGGGUAACGGAAUUAUAUCAUGUAUGAGCCACAACACAGAUGGUUUAUACAGCUCGAAGCAGACAGCUGUGAUGAGGGCAUCAGAUGAUUUCUUCCCCAAAAUAGCAGCAUCACACACAAUUCAUAUUGCAGCUGUUGCAUACAAUACCAUUUUUAUAGGGGAAUUCAUGCAACCAGAUUGGGACAUGUUCCAUAGCCUCCAUCCAAUGGCUGGAUACCAUGCAGCAGCUCGUGCAGUUGGUGGAUGUGCUAUUUAUGUGAGUGACAAACCUGAACACCAUGAUUUCGAUCUAUUGAAGAAGCUUGUACUUCCUGAUGGUUCUGUUUUGCGGGCCAAACUCCCAGGAAAACCCACAAGGGAUUGCCUGUUUUCAGAUCCAACCAUAGAUGGAAAGAGUCUUCUGAAGAUAUGGAAUCUAAAUGAUUUCUCUGGAGUCUUGGGGGUCUUCAACUGCCAAGGAGAAGCCAUCUCGGUUGAAGGGAUUGUCAGUUCGAAGGAUGUUGACUAUAUAUCCAAAGUUGCUGAGCAUGGAUGGAAUGGAGAUGCUAUCAUUUAUUCCCAUCUGGGUGGAAAUGUGGUUUAUCAACCAAAGAACAUUUCUCUUCCAAUUAAACUAAAGUCACGAGAAUACGAAGUUUUUACAGUGGUUCCUGUUAAAGAACUGUCCAACGGAGCUAAUAUUGCACCAAUUGGACUAACUCAGAUGUUCAAUUCUGGAGGAGCCAUUAAAGAGUUGACAUAUGAAUCAGAAAGAUGCUCAACAGUUGUCAUGAAAGUCCGGGGUUGCGGAGUGUUCGGAGCCUAUUCAUCUGCCAAGCCCCGGAGGAUAACAGUUGAUGAAGAGGAAGUGGAAUUUACGUAUGAUGAAAAGUCUCAUCUAGUAACCCUUACUUUGAGAAUUCCAGAACAAGAGUUGUACCAAUGGCACAUAACCAUAGAACUCUAAAUUUAUUUAUAUCAUCUAAGUCCGCGUAGCUUAAGUAUGACGAUAGCUCUAACCCUUGCUUUGAGAAUUCCAGAACAAGAGUUGUACUAAUGUCACAUAACUGUAGAACUCUAAAUGCUAUUAGAUGAAUCUGGGUUUCUCAAUGUUACUAUGGUCAGCACAAUAAACUACUUCUUGCUUAAAUUAA